AUGGAUAAACAAACACUUCCACAUCAUAAAUAUAGUUAUAUUCCCAAGCAAAACAAGAAACUCAUUUAUGAGUAUCUCUUUAAAGAGGGUGUUAUAGUAGUUGAAAAAGACGCAAAGAUACCACGUCACCCACAUUUAAAUGUUCCAAAUUUGCAUAUAAUGAUGACAUUGAAAUCAUUAAAAAGUAGAAAUUAUGUUGAAGAGAAAUAUAAUUGGAAACACCAAUAUUUUAUAUUAAAUAAUGAAGGUAUUGAAUAUUUAAGAGAAUUUUUACACUUACCCCCAUCAAUAUUUCCAGCAACCUUAUCCAAGAAAACAGUUAACAGAGCUCCAAAAAUGGAUGAGGAUAUAUCAAGAGAUGUAAGGCAACCAAUGGGAAGAGGAAGAGCUUUUGAUAGGAGACCAUUUGAAUAA